AGAGGCCAAAUUCGCGGUGUAAGUGCGCAGUUAAAGGACAAAGUACUGGUUUUUGUGGGACUUUUCUGUUAUUGUGUUAUUCGUGAUUACGCUGGCGAGAUACCAGGGAUCAUGAAGGCAUUCGUAGUUUUCGCUGUUCUUUUUGUUGCUGUUUAUGCAGCAGACGACACUUGCUACAAGAAAUUCGAUGGGAUUUGCUCUGGAACCACCGCCAAAUCACCUCUUCCCGUGGACCUAUCAACAUGUACCGCCUCCUACGGUCACAUCGACGUCGUCUUAAGACACCUCAUUGGCUUCGCCAACAGCCACAUCGUUCGUUCAAUGGAGUACCUUCUAAUGUCAACCUACUACGGAAAUUACCAAAAGAACCGUGCCGGUUUCGAGAAACUCUUCCGUGACUUAUCCGAUGCGAAAUGGGAUCACGCUAUAGAGCUAAUCAAGCACGUGACCACUCGAGGUGGUAGCAUGAAGUUCACACCACCAGAUUUCCUGAACACCGAGGAACCCAACGUCUACGAAGGAUACGAAAUUCAGAGUAUCGCUAAGGCUUUGGAUAAGGAGAAGCAGCUGGCGCUUGAAGCUUUUAAGGUCCACAAUGAGGCCAGUCGGAGGACCGACGGCAAACACGACCCUGAGAUUUCUUCGUACAUUGAAGAAGAAUUCGUGCACCAUCAAGCCAAGAAUAUUCGCAAACUGGCUGGUUACGUUACUGACUUGAAGUCGAUGCUCAGUGGACCGGAUGGGUCUUUGUCGUUGUUCCUCUUUGAUGAGUAUCUUAAAGGUCAAUAAUUUUUGGUUUAGUGUUCCGUAGGAAGUGCAUAUUUCAUUUUACGUUUACAACCAAUCAUUGUGAUAGGUAUUUUUUAAUGUAAACUGUGUUAUAAAAUAAAUAAAAGAUACGUUUUUCUA